AUGAAGAUCGGCACGACGCUCGUGUACCAGAUUGUUGCGACCGAGGGCUACCACAGCAGCGGCUCGGCCAGCAUCACGGUGGCGGCCGACGGCGCUUUGCCCAAGCCGACGGCGGCGCCGGUCCAGCCGACGACCAAGCCGACGACCAAGCCGACGGUCAAGCCCACGGCCAAGCCGGCGUCGAACGCCAGCCUUCCCUCGAGCUUCAAGUGGAGCUCGUCCGGCCCGCUCAUCUCGGCCAAGGCCGACGGCAAGGGCGUGAACGCGAUCAAGGACCCGACGAUCGUGCAGGUCAACGGCCAGUACCACGUGUUUGCGAGCACGGCGUCGAAAGCCGGGUACAACCUCGUGUAUCUGACGUUCUCGGACUGGGCCAAGGCGCAGGCGGCGCAGUUCCACUACCUCGACGCGACGCCGAUCGGGAAGGGGUACCGCGCGGCGCCCGAAGUCUUCUUCUUCAAGCCGCACAACUUGUGGUACCUCGUGUACCAGAACGGCAACGCCGCAUACUCGACCAACAAGGACAUUGCCAACCCGGCCGGGUGGUCGGCGCCGCAGAACUUUUACGCGAGCCAGCCCAGUAUCAUCAAGCAAAACAUCGGCAACGGCAACUGGGUCGACAUGUUUGUGAUUUGCGACGCUACCAACUGCCACCUCUUCUCGUCGGACGACAACGGCCACCUCUACCGGUCGUCCACGAGCAUCAACAACUUUCCCCGCGGCUUCGGCGAGCCCGUAAUCGCGCUCCAGGACACCGUCAACAAGUUUGCGCUCUUUGAGGCCUCGUGCAUCUACCGCAUCGGCAACGACUACGUGCUCAACAUCGAGGCCAUUGGCAGCGACGGCCAUCGCUACUUUCGGUCCUGGAAGGCAUCGAGCCUCAGCGGCGCCUGGAACGCGCUCGCCAACACGGAGGCCAACCCGUUCGCGCGCGCCAGCAACGUCCAGUUUGCCAACGGCGCCGCGUGGACCAAGAGCAUCAGCCACGGCGAGCUCGUGCGCACGCAGACGGACCAGACGCUGACGGUGGACCCGUGCCAGCCGCUGCGCUUCUUGUACCAGGGCCUCGACCCCAAGGCCGGCGGCGACUAUGACGCGCUGCCGUACAAGCUCGGUCUCUUGACGCAGACCAACGCCGUCAAGUGCUAAUGCGAUGUCAUUGCCCGUGCUCUUGGCAUGAUCGGUCCGCUGUGCGCGACGUAGCGUCAUAUUAUAAGCAACGUGAUCUUUGUUUGGUA